AUGAACUCGCACGAACAAAAUUUGUCGGACUCCUUUCGGCUAAACGCGUCCAUGCUGUUUCAAGAAAGCUGUCCGGAGGAAUCCAGAUAUUUGCUUGAGCAGUAUUUCACGUGUCUAGAAAAAAAUUCGCCGGAAUCCUUUGCAUCGUUGGACAAAACUUCAGUGUGCCAGUACUGCUUCCAGUCGCUGCGGCCUGACAACCACCAUGUGCGUCUACGACCCAAACGCCGGCCAUCCAUCAGGGUGCAGAGGCUCUUGCGGCAGAUGGCCCAGGGUCGAGGGCUCACCCUAAUGCAGAAACGCAUCUUGCGACGCUUCUCAACGUCAUCCUCAGUACUGAUGGCAACCUGCCACACCUGCAACAAAACAACCAGGUACAGAGGAAUGAACCGGGAUUAUUUAUCCACCUUCUACACCCCGGGCAGCAGUAGCAAGCACAAGACCCCGAUGCCUGCUAACAGGACCCUAUCAGCGAGCAAGACCAAGACCCCCAGCAAGGACAAGACCCCCCACCGUACCCCCAGGUCGUCCUCCAGCACACCUGGUUCAAAGUCCUCCACCACCCCUUCCAACAAGACCCCCUCCAAGGCCAAGAACUGGGUGGUCAAACGUCUCAGCAAGAUCUUGAUGCGUGAGGACAAGCCAGAUAGCAAUAAGGGCAGCUUGAAAGAUUUCCUUUCCUCACUUUGA